AUGGCGAGUCAGUGCAGAAAGCAGCAAUGCACAAUCGACAGGCGAGGCUUUCGGCAGGAACUUGACUCGUGGCGGCACAGACUCAUUCACUGUGUAGGUUUUGAGAGCAUUCUUGAAGGUCUGUCUGAUCCAGAGCUGGUCGAAGACCUCAAAUUAUUUAAAGACUUAGAGCCUGUAGCAGUGUCUGACUGGUCAUUUGAGGAAAAUUGUCUAUUCUGCUGUUUGAGACGAGACAAAGUAAAGGAACACUUAAACAACGAGGGGCUUGAAGAUACACCCAAAAAAGAUCAGACCACAAUCAGCAGACUAGAGCAACAAGCUGAGGAGUUUCUCCAUGCAGUCCUCAGCAGAAAAGAUGUGCCAAGUUUCUCAGACCCACAUAUUCCAGUAGUGGCUCGAGAGAUCCUUGAGAGAAUGAUCCGACAGUUUGCUGCCGAAUAUACCUCAAAAACUAGCUCCCCUCAGGACAGUUGCUCAGAUCCCCAGCCACACUCUGACCAAAGCCUACCGACCCCACCCUUGCUCUCAGGAGCUCCUCCAACCAGCCCUGCUGCCACACUUGUGGAGCCUGCACACAACCAGAACCCAGUCCUCAGCAAGCUUCUCAUGGCUGACCAGGAUGCUCCUCUUGACCUCACAAUCAAGAAGCCCCUGACUGAGCCCAGUGAACAAGACGGAGUCCUUGACUUGUCUAUCAAAAAGAAUCGCUGUAGCAGCAGCAACCAGUCAUUCCGUAGUCCAUGCCUUUCUCCAGCCACAACCACACUCAAAGGUGAGUCUCCAGAACUGCAUAUUUCAAAGGCAAAAGACCUGCAGUCCACCUCGACACUGGAACACUUCAUGGCCAAACUCUGCCCCCACCAUCAAAGACAGAUAGUUGAUGCCAUAAGCUUCCUACAGACGGAGGUCAAGGCUCUCACAUCCUCCGACACACAGCAAGCCUGUAACUCUACCUCUGGGAUCCAGGGAACUGCCUACUCCACUGCAAAAUCCAGCGUAGUCACCCCUGAGAAGUCAUGCUCUGAGCUAAGGUUUCCCAGUGAAUCCACUCCCAAAUCAGAAGUCCAGGAUAUGUCCCAUUCUACCCCAAGCAGUUGUGCUAUGAAAAAAGUUCCAGACACUGCAGUUUCACUGAAAACAUCUGUUACUGCUGGCCCUGCCCUGGAUCUUCGCAGCCCAGGGUCAGGUAGUGACCAGGUUUUGGUCACCUCCAUUGCUAGUCCUGUGGAUGCAGAGAACAACCGUCAUGGUGAUUAUGCACCUCUUAAGAUGAAAAUCAUGAAGACCAGCAAUGUUGCUGCUGGUAAGAAGUUGUCAUGUGUGCUCACAGCCUCUCUUUCAUCUGACUCUGGCACUUUGGAUGACAGACAGAUUAACUCCAAUUCAUCGAGCAGAACAGAGAUUCAUAGUGCUAGACUCAGCACCUCUUUAAAAAGACACAAUCAGUUUGGUCACACACAUCAAGCUAGACAGAGAGAGACUCUUGGUAAUGCCAAAGAGAUACCAGCAAAACCAUUUUCAGUUCAUGUGGCUAUUCCUGUAGACUCUCCAAGGACUGCCAGGAAGACCAUGAAGGCAUCCUCUGAACAUCAGGCCAGGGACUCUUUUAGGGGAAUGGUUGACCCUGAUCUCGGCCAUUGUGACAUUGUUUAUAUCGACAAACCAAUUACAGAGUGUUUUAAGGAACAGCAACGCAACAUGGUCCCACGCCGCAAUGCGAGAAAAAGCACCAGAGGACAUAUGUAUUCAGAUGAAAUAUGGGAGUUAAAAACUGUCCGCACAUUGGCCGGGAGGGGCAACUGCCCUAAUCCAAUGCCAGAACUGAUCACAUUGGUCACCCCAAAACAAAUACUUUCAAAGCCUGAAGGUGUUCCACCUGUGGAUAUGCCUUUUGCUGGAGCAUGCAGGGAGGCAAUUAAUCAACAAAUGUCAACAGAAGAGUCAGACGAGAGGGUGAUACCAGGAACAGGAGAUAUGGUAGAGGUAGCAGCCAGUGAAGUAGACAUUAUAGUUGAAACCAGUCAGACAGAUCAAUGUAAGAGCAAGGGGCAGUCUGCUCCUCAAUCUCCAAGAAGCUCUCCAACAGUGAACAGAGAAAUGGAUAUGAGCACAGAUGUAGAAAAGGAUACAGCUGCAGAUUCAGGGAAAACAACAGGAAGUGAAGAAAGUGUUGCUCAGGCAGAAACAGAUAAUAAGUCUGAGCCUCAAGAGGACAUACGUGAACAUAUUGAGCAAGUAAUGUCAGAAACAAUAGUGAAACCAUUGGAGAAUAAUACCAUAGAAGAAGCUGAGCCGCAGCUUUCAUCAGAUAAAAUGCAGAGCACUGAGUCUGUUCUCCAACAGAAUAGUGCCCCAUCACUUUUGAAUCAAGAUGAGGAAGAGACAGAAGAAACUGAAAGGGAGAGAAUACAAGAGGAGCAACCUCAGGAACUUCAGCCAGAAACACAGAUACUCUAUGAUGUCUUUGGAGCGACAGAAGAGUCCAACAACACAGAUUCAGCAGAGGAGGAGAUGUUGACAGAGCAAGAAAUUAAAACAGCUGAAACUGUUAGCAGUGUCAUGGCUCUAGAGACUGAAGAUGAUGGUAAUGACGAUAAUAAUGAUGUGUCAGCAAAGACACUUGACACACUCUUGAAGGAAUUACCCCCUUGGCGUAGAAAAAGGGGUUCUGCAAUCCAUCUGCCAAAGCGGUUAAGACAAAAAGAAACAGUGAUUGUGGGCUAUGUUAACGGUAGACCUAUAUCAGCCUCUGACAGAAGCCUGCGUCGUAGAUCAAGUAACAGCAGCACAUCGCCCACUAAAAGUCCAGUGAAAUCAACUCAGAAUACUCCCAACAAGAUUUCUGUUGAUUCAGCCAUUGAAACCAGGAAUUUGGAGAAACAUGAACCUGAACCACAUGUACAUGUAGAAUCGAUUGAGAGUACACCUGCAAUUUCACAGGAGACAGGACCAUCGUCUGACACACCAUCAAUCCCGCCGUCAAGCCCAAUAUCUAAAUUACCCUUAAGGACCAAACAAAGCCAAAAACAAAGGAGGAUUCAGAGAGAUCAGGAUAGAUCGCCUGUCCUUUUUGAUCAGCCAGUUGAUUCUCCCCAGAGUACUGAGUCCAAACGGCAACUUAGAUCAACGAGCCAGAAGCCAGCUGACACUCCUGCGUCACCACCUUCUUUAAAUGUUGUCACUUCCAUAUCCUCUCCAAAACCUGCUGUCACCCAUGCCCUUCCAUCUUUUGAGCAGCUCUCCUCCCUCACCCCUCCUCCUCAGCUUCCUGUUUCUUCUCCUCCUCUUUUGACAUCAUCUCCCCCUGCAACUUUUGAACAGUCCCAACCGAGCGAAGUCCCAGAGACAACUGCAGAAUUAAACAUUGAAAAAACUCAACCAAUAGAGACAACCUCAGAAGAAACACAAAACACUGUGAUAGAAAGUAGAUUUCAGGCCAAACAAAAACUAAGGUCUGCAAAUGUUGUAGGAGAUGUUAGUGAGGAUGAGAAGUAUCAGCUUAGCAGUGAGGCAUUAAGUCCAUUAGAAAAUCAAAGUCCUGUAAAGACUGAAAUGCAAACAAAGAUUAUGCCAUUAAGAGGUAAACGGGCUCUCAGAAAGGAGGCAGAUGAAAGUGAUUUUGCUUUGCAUCAGAACUCAAAUGUAACAACUUUAGAAGACAAGUCUGCCAGUCGAGAUGAUAGCAGUUCUUCCACACCAGACAAACCGACAAGGAUGCCAUUGAGGAGUGAGAGCAGUAAGGCUGAAAUGUCCUAUCAGUCACCAACACUGGACAACAAGAAAUUGACUUUGAGAUCACAAAGAUUGAUUGCACCUUCUAUCAGUGCUCAUUCUGUAGCUGGAAAGCAGAGUGACAUAGCUUCACCUAUCAGAAUAAUGCCAGAAAGGGUAACUAAGGCUCAGAUGAGGCCCCCUCCAUUACCUGCGCCGACUGUGUUGCCCCACAGCUUCGCCAUCCCUGUCAUUACACCAAAACCUGAGACACUCAAACAGACUGCUAACAAAUUCUUGGAGAAUCUGACUGGUGAAGAAAACCAACAAAAAAUUACAAACUUGAACAUAAGGUAUGAUAAAAUGCAGAAAGGCUGGGUGCAAAUGGACAAAGAGGGUCAGCCAGCGACAAAGUACAAAAACAAAUCAGACAGACAGGCAGCUAUAUGGAAAAGUAAACGCAGGGCACGAAAACCAAAGUCUUCAGAGCACCAGAGAUACUCACCAGUCCAAAUGCUCUUCAUGAAAGGCUUUGAUCUUACCAGUAUUUGUCGCUGGUUCCUUGAAUCAACAGAAACAAAGUCCCUUGUCAUUGUCAAGAAAGUGAAUACACGUCUUCCUUCAGAAACCCAGCUGUGCUUCCACAGCUCUUCUAGUACAUCAGGGACCUCCCAGGGGGUAUUUCCAAGCCUACAGGCAGAGCGCUUAAAGAAACAUUUGAAAAAGUUUGCUAUCGCCUCUCCUGUAAAGAGCAACCCCAAGAGUCAGAAACUGAUUGCCAGAGCACUGGAGCAAGAGGCAAAUGAAUUCAGAGGGAAAGAGAGCAGAGAACUACCCAGUACUACUCAGACUUUUACUAAGUCACACUCGUCUGCUGAAGCUCGGGUGCAAAGAGGUGAAUCCCAGAAAGCUUCUGGUAAAUCAAAAAAUCCAGCCAGUGCAAGGAUCUUGAGAAAAUACUCUAACAUCCGAGAGAAGAUGCAGGUUCAUCAAACCAGCAAAGUUAGUCUGAAAGACGCCUCAAAAAGCUUCAAAGCAAACAAUAUGAAAAGACUGACCACCCCAAAAUCUGCAUCCAAAUCCAAAUUGAAACAACCUCUGAAGGCACAGAAAUCCUCCCUGGCUGUCAGUAAACGAAUGAAAGAAUGUGCAGCAAAAAUGGAGAGAAGGAUAAGACUGGCUGGCAAAAGGGCAACAAAGCAUAAAGAAAGGGCAGUCAAGGCACAGGGCAGUGGUAGACCUCCAAGAGAUACCACUAAAAAAGAGACGCCAAAGAGAUGUUCUCAACGACUAGGUUCUCCUAAAAUGUCCGAACAUUUAAUUAAUCCUGUCAACACAUCUAAAAGGAAGGCUUACAAAAAACUACUUGAAGCAGAGAAAGCAGAAGUUGAAAAGUCCAGUGUGAGUAAAGCGAAUGCUGCAAAAGUGCAAACAAAGGAAUCAUCACAAAGUACAGUCGCUGAAAUCAAAGGUACCGAGACUGCUGUCGAAACUUCACAGCAGAGCGUGGAUGUCAAGGUUCCAACCUCACCUGACCAGGUACUGACAAGAUCCCAGAAAAAAAUGGAGGCAGCAGCUCCUGUGACUGCAUCGAAGAGGGCAAAAAAGUCAAUGACAUUGCAAAAUGCUUCUCCUAAAUCAGUCAGAAAAGCUGAAGAGGCCACGUUGACCAGAAAAGGGGCUUUAAAAGCCCUAGCAAAGAGAAGUCAGGCAGCCAUGUUGCCGCGCAGUGCAACAAAGAGAGCUCAGGAGCUUUUAGAGACCCCAGCUAAGCGCACCAGGACAUCACACCUAAAAUAA